CCCGUAUUCGAUACUAGCCCCAAUUCCCCUGCUUGCUUUGAAAGAAGGGAAUUUCGGAGAGUUUUCUCAUUACAGUGACAGAGCUCUUAGCUCAAGCUCUUCGAUCCUCAAAUCGGACCAAUUUCGGGGCGUGCUUCGGGAACCGAUUCGGAUUCCAAUCCGUGUUGUAGCCAUUUCCAAUAUUGAAUUUUCCCGGAUCAGAUGCUGUACGGACCAAAUUUCGUAUUGCGAACGGUGUCGAUUUUGUGUUGGAAGAGUGUCGGGCUUCGUCUAUUCCUGUUAGAGUUUCGGGGGUUUGAUUGAGGAUUUAGGAUUUUCUAUUAGAAUUUGGGCAACGAUGUUGUCGAAUCAUCUGCAAAAUGGGAUCGAGACGGCGAAGCUGGCGUGGUCUAGGCUUCCGAACACAGAGGAAGGGGAAACCGACGCGCUUGGCAUCGCAAAGAAGAGCGACGUGAACAGUGUCGAGAGCCUUGACUACGAAGUUAUCGAGAAUUACGCUUAUUGGGAAGAGCAGGUCCCGUUUCUGGGGUUUCUUGGCACAAAGAGGAAAACUUUAUGUGGGAUAUUAUGUGGUGGUGAAAUGGUUCUUUGCACUUCUUAUUGGCGUCGGUACUGGACUAGCUGCUGUUUUCAUCAACAUUUCCGUUGAGAAUUUUGCAGGCUGGAAGUUUGCUCUGACUUUUGCUAUAAUACAAAAAUCAUAUGUGGCGGGAUUUAUGGUGUACAUAUUAAUCAACUUGGCUUUAGUCUUGUCCUCUGUAUGUAUCAUUACACAGUUUGCACCAGCAGCAGCUGGAUCUGGUAUUCCCGAAAUCAAGGGUUAUCUGAAUGGGGUUGAUACUCAUGGUAUCCUACUUUUCAGAACCUUGAUCGGAAAGAUAUUUGGAAGUAUUGGCUCAGUUGGAGGUGGUCUAGCUCUUGGCAAAGAAGGUCCUCUUGUUCAUACUGGUGCUUGUAUUGCUUCUUUGCUUGGACAAGGUGGAUCUACAAAAUAUCAUGUAAGUUCCAGGUGGCUACAAGUAUUUAAAAGCGAUCGGGAUCGCAGGGAUCUUGUAACUUGUGGGUGUGCAGCGGGAGUUGCUGCUGCUUUUAGAGCUCCUGUUGGUGGUGUAUUAUUUGCAUUGGAAGAAGUUACGUCAUGGUGGAGGAGCCCACUUAUGUGGCGUGUCUUCUUCACGUCUGCCAUUGUUGCUGUUGUAGUGCGUACAGCGAUGGGGUGGUGUAAAAGUGGAAAAUGUGGACAUUUUGGUUCAGGUGGCUUCAUAAUAUGGGACACCUCCGAUGGCCAAGACGACUACUAUUUUAGGGAGCUAUUGCCAAUGGCAGUUAUUGGUGUGAUUGGAGGGUUAUUAGGAGCUUUAUUUAACCAGUUAACAUUUUAUAUUGCUGGAUGGCGUCGAAAUUAUUUACACAAGAAAGGGAACCGAGUCAAGAUAUAUGAAGCAUGCCUUGUCUCUGUAAUAACCUCUCUUAUUUCCUUUGGCUUACCACUUUUAAGAAAAUGCAGUGCAUGCCCUGAGUCGGAUUCUGAUGGUGGAAUUGAGUGCCCAAGGCCUCCAGGAAUGUACGGGAAUUAUGUAAAUUUCUACUGCAGUAAGGACAAGGAGUACAAUGAUCUGGCAACUCUUUUCUUUAAUACUCAGGAUGAUGCCAUUAGGAAUUUGUUCAGUGCAAAAACAAUUCAUGAGUUCAGCGCUCAAAGUCUGUUGACCUAUCUGGUUAUGUUUUAUAGUUUAGCAGUUGUAACAUUUGGCACUGCUGUACCAGCCGGUCAAUUCGUACCUGGGAUUAUGAUUGGGUCAACAUAUGGACGUCUUGUUGGCAUGUCUGUUGUUAACUUUUAUGCGAAGUUGAACAUUGAAGAGGGGACAUAUGCUCUUCUUGGAGCUGCUUCUUUUCUUGGGGGAUCAAUGCGGAUGACAGUGUCUUUAUGUGUCAUUAUGGUUGAAAUCACAAAUAACUUGAAACUUCUAGUUCCUAUCAUGCUUGUUCUUUUAAUUUCAAAGGCUGUUGGUGAUGCUUUUAAUGAAGGUCUGUAUGAAGAACAGGCACGAUUAAGGAAUAUUCCAUUACUAGAAUCGAGACCUAAAUACCAGAUGCGGAAAAUGACAGCAAAAGAAGCCUGUGGAAGAGGGGUGGUCUCCUUCCCUCGCGUUGUUAAGGUUGCAGAUGUAGUUUCUAUUUUACAGAGCAACAAGCACAAUGGCUUCCCUGUGAUUGACCAUACCAGAAAUGGAGAAACACUUGUCAUUGGACUCAUGCUUCGAAGUCACUUGUUGGUACUCCUACAGUCUAAGGCUGAUUUUCAGCAUAGUCCUUUGCCAAGUGAUUCAAGAGGAUCUAGGUUUAUCAGGCAUUCUCUCAACGAAUUUGUUAAACCUGCUUCAAGCAAGGGAAUAUCUAUAGAUGAUGUGCAUCUUAGUUCAGAUGACUUGGAAAUGUACAUAGAUCUUGCUCCUUUUUUGAACCCUUCUCCAUACAUUGUCCCUGAGGAUAUGUCAUUGACAAAGGUAUACAAUCUUUUUCGUCAGCUAGGUUUGAGACAUAUAUUUGUUGUUCCUCGUCCAUCACGAGUAAUUGGUUUGAUAACCAGAAAAGACUUAUUAAUUGAGGAAAAUGUAGAUUCAGCUACCCUGGAGCUCCAAUCGACUAGUGUAAGAGCUCAGCAUCGCAAUAGAAGUUUAGCCAUAAGCAAUGAAGAAGCGGAGCGCCCACUUCUCAAUGGUCUUCUGGUCCACCAUACGUCUGAGUGAACUACCUUUAAUUCUUCCUUGAUGACUAUACUUCUCACUGCUUCUUUCUUAGUUCUUCCCACUUUCUGAAAUCUACAAUUUAUAGCUUUUCUUUACACAUCUUUUAUCUUAGGCAUUUAGAGUAGUUAUUCGUUAAUGAUUGCUCUCCUUGCAUGGAGGAGGGGUUCUUUAGACCAAAGUGUCUGAAGUUUUGUAUCAUAUAGAACUGUACAAAUUGAAAUAAUAACAUGGCAGAAUUCUAAGAAUUAGAUUACAUCACAGACAACAUAAACUUCCCAUAAACUUGGCUGAGUCGAUAGUCUCGGUUUGCAAUUUAUUGGAAUUAUAUACUCAAAUUUUGUAUUCAAAAUUCUUUGUGGAAGUGAUUAAAGUGCUUUGUUUUAGUUGA